AUGGGCAUCCUAGACACCAACCGGCCGUUCACAUACCACAUCCUCCAUCGAAAAUGGCCCAGAGUCCCGAGACUGGCCAUCCGCUGGCUGAUGCUGGUGGAAUUCAUCGGCCUCGUUCCCAUCCUGACCAUCUUUGGUCUCUCCCAGCCCGAUCUGUAUCGAUCUGCCAUGUGGAAGAUUGGCUGGGACCAUCGCCUCAACUCGAACCCCGACGUCAUCCUCUUCGCCUAUGCCAACCAUGUGGCUCAGCCAAAGAUCCCUCUCAUCUGGUCAAGAACACUCACUGACUUCAAUGUCGCCAUCUCCGUCAUCUCUCUCUUCUUCCUCCUCACCAAGCUCAUCGCGGUCAUCAUGAGAAUCUGGUACCCCCUCCUGUCUACUGUAGGCAGUGUGGCGCUGGUUGUUCUCUACGCCGUGAGCACCUAUGGCCAGGUUGGCCCCGACUACAGUGAUCCGAGAUACCCGGCCCCGGCAGCAUGGUACUUUAGAUACGGCUGCGAUAUGGCCAAGCCGUAUGGACAGUACACCAACUGCCAGAUUGCGCAGGGCUCGCUCUUCAUCACGCUGUACAUGCUGACCACGUACGUGAUUGUCCUCGGCUUCUCGCUCUACUGCAUGUGGCCCAACCCCCUCAACAACCUCGAGACCGACGAGGAUGAGGACGACGAGGCACCAAGCAUCAAGGAGGGCAAGGGCGUGGAGAUGUCCGGUUGGCCAACCAACAUGAAAACCCCAAUGGCAUCGGGAGCCAUGCCUUUUACGCCGAGAACACAAGCCUUCCACAUCCUCGACCGAAAGCUUCCGCUAAGACAGGAGCACGAGGCGAUGAUAUACUCUUAG